GCCGGGCACCGAGAGCCCGCGGAGCGCACGGCCACGGAGCGCGGGGGAGCCCUGCCAAAGGGAGCGGGUGCCAAACCUGAAUUACCAGCCCAGAGAGUGGCUGUGGAUCCCGGCAGCUCCUGUGAUUUGCGGCAGGUUUUUCAGGUCCCCGCCUGUCAAACACACACGCAGAUACUUAAGCAGUCACCCGAGGACCUGCGGGGUUCUUGUUUUACACACUUCUGGUCCCUGCCAGCUCCAGUGCCUGGCCCCAUAGCCCUGCCCCAGGAGGAGAUGGCCAUGGAAAAGCCAGUGAUUCCCACUGAGGAGCAGCUGGAGAUCCUGGAAUACCACUUCUGCAAGGUGAAUAAGCAUCCUGACCCCACCACACUGUGCCUCAUCGCUGCUGAGACCGGGCUCUCCGAGGAGCAGACUCUGAAAUGGUUCAAGCAGCGCCUGGCGGAGUGGAGGAAGUCUGAAGGGCUGCCCUCAGAAAGUGGGUCUGUCAGGGACUAGAGGAUGCUGCUCCAAUCCCCUUGCCUCUUAUAAAGGAUGGUGAAGCUCUUCAGUGGGUUUCCUUGGAGUUCUUCUGUUGCAAUAGGUUUUGCGAUACAAAGUAAUACUCUGCUAUUUAACAUAAAUCUUAUUUAACAUGUACAUAACCAGAAAAAAACCCACUAUAUAGAAAUAUAUAUAUAUACAUAUACACACACAUGUGUGUAUACAACUUUUGAUGGCUGAUCACCUAUCUUGUGAUUCCCACCCAUUAACAGCAGCUGCACAAGAAAACGCAAUUUCAUGCCCUUGUUCCAGGCUUGCAAAAAUUUUGCCAUGAUAUCUGUUCAAAUAUAGAAGGAAGAAAUAAAGAUUCCUUUUCCUUACAA